AUUUUAGGAAAAUUCCUCCUGAGCUGAAUCUCUAGGAUGAGUAAAAACAAUCCAGAUAAAUGAAGCAUGAAAUGUUCUCAGAAAUGAGAAUUUCAUCAAUGACAAUCCUUUCCACAGCUCGUGUGCCAGCCACCACUACCCUACCUUCUCCAUCUGCAUCUCUGCAGCCAGAACCUGCCACAGCUAUAUGGCACCAUCUAAAAACCCUCACAAUCAACUUCACCAUAACCAACCUUUCAUAUUCAUCAAAUAUGAGCAAUGGUUCAGCUUUGUUCAGCUCAACUGAGACUUUCCUCCACUACCUGCUUGGGCAUAUGUUCCAGAAUGACUCCUUCAACUCCAGUUGCAGACUGGAUUCCCUCAGGCCUAAGAAGAAUGGAACAGCCACUGGUGUGGAUGCCAUCUGUGCCUACUACCAUGACCCUGCACAUCCUGGGAUAGACAUCAAAGA